AUGUUCUGUCAAUAUUCACCCAAACUGUAAACAGACCACCCCUUUGGAACCUUCCUUCUGUAGCUCCAACUGGGGCCUUGUAGGCAGGGCUGGGCCUGUAGAGGAAAUGGGAGAAUGCCACGAAAGCCAAAUUGAGGUAAAUGAGCAUGGUGGAAUCAAGGGUAAUGGAGAGAGAGAUGCUGAGGAGAAAACAGUUAUUCUGGCAAUGAAGAGAAACGUGGAGAUCGUGCCAGGAGAGAAGCUGUCCAUCACAGUGAGCUGCCAGGCUAAGAGUCUUGGUCGGUGUAGAGAGCUGCUGUUGUUGCACUUCUGCUCCUUCACCAUUGGGCGGCGCUUGGAGGUUGUGGUGAACAGUGCUGAGGAGAGUCUGUUGAAACCCAGCGCUCCCUACAUCCCAGCACAGUCACUACCUCCACCACAACACCCUGCUAAGGUCGUCACAGUUUUGGCUCCUGCACCUCCAACCAGGCUUGUGAGACGUCACUUGCCUCAUUUCCUGGGGUCUUACCAGGUGCCGCAGGCUCUCAGAGAGUGUGUGGAAGGCCAGAAGGAUGUGCUGGUAGUUCGGCCUGCUCUUGGGGAGCCCCUGUGUCUGACCUCCAUGCUGGAUCGUUUCUCUGCCCUACUGUGGCUGGAGGAGCUGCAGGCGGAGAAGGAGCUCAGAGAGUUCAGUAUCAGUGGUGCUCUCCUCAGGAAGGGAGCAGGACAUCUGCACCUGGAAGUGCCUGGGCUUAGUGAGGGAAGGCCCAGCCUUUUCAUAGGAGACAAAGUUGUUCUGAAGAAACCAUGCAUUGGCGGGAUAGUGUUGGAGUAUAUCAGCUAUGUGACUGAGAUCAGCGAAGAGGAUGUGAGCUUGCGGGUAAACACUGAGUUUCAGAACAGCUACCUGGGGGAGCCUCUGGAUGUGGAGUUUACAUACAACAGGCUGCCUAUGAGGAGAUGCCACUGUGCUUUGGAACAGAUCAAGCAUUUUGGGGAGAACGUGCUCUUCCCCAGUGUUGUGCAGUUACAAAGCCCAGUGUGGGCUGGAGAGUGGGGCACUGAACACCCCUCCAAAGAGGACCAAGAGGAACCUGCCCGACAGGAUCAAGAGGUUAGACAGCCAACAUGUGGAAACGGGGAUAUGCCACCUUCUCUGACAAUGGAUAUGGUCUCCGUGUCCACGCAGACCAAAACAGAUUUGCAUGCGACAGCCAAGCCCAUCCCAAACCCAGGCCACUUUUUUAAUGAUGACCUGAACCCUGCCCAGAAAGAGGCAGUCAAGUACAUUCUCCGAGGAGACUCUCGGCCCACCCCUUACGUCCUGUUCGGUCCUCCAGGCACAGGCAAAACAAUCACACUCAUGGAGGCCAUACUGCAGGUGUACCACCGUGUGCCUGGGAGCCGUGUGCUUGUGUGCACUCCUUCUAACAGUGCUGCAGACCUUAUCUGUAUUCGACUGCAUGAAAGUGGAUAUCUACAUGAUGCCAGCCUGGCACGUGUCAACGCCACCUGCAGACAGGAGGAGUACAUUCCAGAGGUGUUGCGGCAAUAUUCUCGUGCUGGUGAGGAUGUACGUCAUGCCUCUUUCCACCGGAUUGUGGUCAGCACCUGCUCCAGUGCUGGAAUGUUUUACCAGAUCGGCUUGCGUGUUGGUCAUUUCACUCAUCUCUUUGUGGAUGAAGCUGGUCAAGCAACAGAGCCUGAGUGUCUGAUUCCUCUGGGCCUGCUGUCUGAGAAAACGGGCCAGGUUGUCUUGGCUGGAGACCCUAGACAGCUGGGUCCCAUAGUGAAGUCCAAGCUGUCUGAAGUGUUUGGACUUGGAGUGUCUCUGCUCGAAAGACUAAUGGCCACCCCUCUUUACUCCUGCAAUGAGAGGGGCUAUAAUCCAUUAUUGGUGACCAAGUUGGUGUAUAACUACCGCUCCCAUGAAGUGUUACUGGCGCUGCCGUCUCGGCUGUUCUACGGCGGUGAGCUGUGUGUCCGCUCCCAGAGAGCUGUAGUGGACUCUCUGUGUCACUGGAGCCGGCUUCCCACUAAGGGCUUUCCACUUAUCUUCCAUGGAGUCAGGGGUACAGAGAUGAGGGAAGGGAGUAAUCCAUCUUGGUUUAACCCUGCAGAAGCAGUGCAGGUCAUGUUCUACUGCUGCCAGCUAGCCAAAAGACUCUACAAUCCCAUAAUGGCUACUGAUAUUGGCAUCAUUGCCCCUUACAAAAAACAGGUGGAGAAAAUCCGGGUGCUUUUGCACAGGGUAGGGCUUGCUGACAUUAAGGUGGGCUCAGUCGAGGAGUUCCAGGGACAGGAAUUCUUGGUCAUUAUUCUGUCCACGGCACGUUCCAAUGAGGCCCUACCGAGCAGUGAUCUACAGAAUUCUCUGGGCUUUCUGUCCAACCCCAAACGCUUCAAUGUCGCAAUCACUCGUCCCAAAGCUCUUCUCGUCGUCAUAGGCAACCCGCACAUACUGGUUAAGGACCCAUGUUUUCAUGCACUGCUGCAGUAUGCAUAUGAGAACGGGGCUUUCCUUGGUUGUGACCCACCUGCCUCCCUCAGAGCUGCUCAGAGGUAG